UCAUCAUCACAAGCCUAGCAGCUACUAGCAAGCUUCGUCCAUGGCGAUGGCCGCCACCGCAUCCUCGUGCACGGACGCCACGUGGUGGGCAUACGCGCUCCCAGCGCUCCUGGGCGCUGACACCCUGUGCGCGCACCCGGCCCUCCUCGCCGCCGCGCUCCUCCUGGCCACCGUCUCAGCGGCGCUGCUCGCGUGGGCCGCGUCCCAUGGCGGACCGGCCUGGGUGCACGGGCGCGGGCGCCUUGGCGCGACUCCCAUCAGGGGUCCCCGCGGCCUGCCCGUGUUCGGCAGCAUCUUCGCGCUAUCUCGCGGGCUGCCGCACCGCGCGCUCGCUGCCAUGGCACGCGCGGCGGGGCCUGGGACGAGAGAGCUCAUGGCGUUCUCUGUCGGGGACACGCCCGCCGUGGUGUCUUCCUGCCCUGCCACGGCACGGGAGGUGCUCGUGCACCCGGCGUUCGCUGACCGCCCCUUGAAGCGGUCGGCGCGGGAGCUCAUGUUCGCGCGCGCCAUCGGGUUUGCGCCCAGCGGCGAGUACUGGCGCCUCCUCCGCCGCAUCGCCUCCACGCACCUCUUCUCCCCGCGCCGCGUGGCCGCGCACGAGCCCGGCCGCCAGGCCGACGCCGAGGCCAUGCUCCGUGCCAUCGCCGCGGAGCAGUUCGCCUCCGGCGCCGUCGUCCUCCGCCCGCACCUCCAGGACGCCGCGCUCAACAACAUCAUGGGCAGCGUCUUCGGCAGGCGCUACGACGUUGCCUCCGGCUCCAGCGCCGCCGAGGCAGAGCGGCUCAAGAACAUGGUGCGCGAGGGGUUCGAGCUCCUCGGCGCGUUCAACUGGUCCGACCACCUACCCUGGCUCACCCACCUCUACGACCCCGGCAACGUCGCCCGCCGCUGCGCCGCGCUCGUGCCGCACGUCCAAGCCUUCGUCCGCGGCGUCAUCGACGAGCACCGUCGCCGCCGCGAGAAUUCCGCAGCCCCCGACGACAAUGCUGACUUCGUUGACGUGCUCCUCUCCCUCGAGGGCGACGAGAAGCUCGGCGAGGACGACAUGGUCGCCGUCCUCUGGGAGAUGAUCUUCCGCGGGACAGACACGACGGCGCUGCUGACCGAGUGGUGCAUGGCGGAGCUGGUGCGACACCCAGCAGUGCAGGCAAGGCUGGGAGCCGAGGUGGACGCGGCGGUGGGACCCGGCGGUUGCCCGACCGACGUCGACGUGGCGCGCAUGCCGUACCUGCAGGCGGUGGUGAAAGAGACGCUCCGUGCGCACCCGCCGGGGCCGCUGCUGAGCUGGGCGCGCCUCGCUACCGCUGACGUGCCCCUGUCCAACGGCAUGGUGGUCCCCGCCGGCACCACGGCGAUGGUGAACAUGUGGGCCAUCACUCACGACGCCGCCGUGUGGGCCGACCCGGAGGCGUUCGCGCCCGAGCGGUUCUUGCCGUCCGAGGGCGGCGCCGACGUGGACGUCCGCGGCGGCGAUCUCCGCCUCGCGCCUUUCGGCGCCGGCCGCCGCGUCUGCCCCGGAAAGAACCUGGGCCUCGCCACCGUCGGCCUCUGGGUCGCCCGCCUUGUGCACGCCUUCGAGUGGAACCUGCCGGACGGCGCGCCCCCCGUUUCCCUCGAUGAGGUCCUCAAGCUCUCGCUGGAGAUGAAGACGCCGCUCGCCGCCACCGCCGUCCCCCGCGCCGCCUGAUCCAGCCGGCGCUUGCAACAAGGACCGAUGCUGUGUCACGUCACGUCACGUGUGGUUUGCUUGUUUCGUUUGUUCGUGCCUAGGGUUUGAUUGCUUGCAAGUCGUAGUGAGUCUCUCAUCUCACAGGACCGGGGCUCCAAUUUUGGCAAGAUGCGUGUUAGGAGUUAACCCCCUAGAUGUUGUUUGCCUAAUUACUGUGAUGUCAAGGAAGUGUGCUGAAUUUGGUAAUGUUUUGGCUUGGCUUAGCUCUCUCGUGUCGUGUUAUUAUGUAGUAUUGUAAUGUAAUGAUCAA